AUGCUCUUGACGCAGCUAACAUCACUCGAGCUCAGCCAGUGCAGCAGCAGCAGCAACCGCAGCAGCAGCAGCAACCGCAGCAGCAGCAGCAACGGGAGCAACAGCAACAGCAGCAGUAAAAACACAAACAGCAGCAAAAAAGCAGCAGCUGUUGCAACAACAGCAGCAGAAACAGAAACAAAAACAGCAGCAGCAACAGCAACAACUGCAGUAGCAGCAACAGCAACAGCAGCAGCAGCAACAGCAGCAGCAGCAACAGCAGCAGCAGCAGAAAGCUAG